GUUUGAACCCACGGGUAUAGGAACACAACCAGCUCCACCGUGUCAGCGACGGGCAAGCUACAUGCGAGGGCAAGCCCUGAGGCCAGGACGUUCGGCGGCAAGAGCUAGCGUUCAGCUAGCGCUUCCCCCAAUCGUGACAGAAGGAGAACCCGCGCCUGCCAACGAGACGUCGAACGCCGACGCAGAAAGAACGGUCCACGAGGCGGCCGAGAGUGAGGUAGAAAAACCUAAUCAGCCGAUAGGCGGCCAAACGUGGAAGGAAUACCACGCACUGCACCCCGGCAGGCAACACAGUACUGCGGAUUUGGUGGCUUUUCGGCGCACGCACACCCGCCAGCUGUCUGUGGAACUCUUCGGAGAGGGUGACGAUACUAGUUCUAGCAGCAGCAAAUCAACCUCGGGUGGUGAAGCAGACGUUGAUGAGCGAGAGGAGCGGAAGGACAAGGAUCUUAACACUUCGUUGUGGCCCCAAAGCGACGAGGGCAGGUCUAUGAUGGAAAAACUGACGAAAGUGACCGUCGCUGUUGAAUCACCUGCAACCAAGAUCUCGCGCAAGUACCUCAAGCUCUUCGCCCCUUCCAACUCGGCCCACGACACCUACAAGGUGCUGGCAACCCUCCACCGACGAAUGAACGGGACAGGGUGGCCACGAAGGGGGGGAUGGGACUCUUAUCUUGUCCGACGGUCUCGGGCGGAGCUAGACGAAGGCAGAGUCUACGGGGUCAGAUCAAAGGAAGGGAGCGUUGAAUAUCUGAUCCUGUCGUCCAACAACGUCUGCGGUCGCAUCCCCCCGAUCAUCGCUCGACUCGAGUCUUUAAAAUGCAUCAACCUUUCGGACAACCACAUUUCGGGGACCAUUCCCGUGGAGCUCGGACUGCUCCUUCAGCUUCAGACGCUCCAGCUGCAGGGAAACAACUUGCGAGAUAGCAUAUCUCCGCUGUUCGGCUCGCUCAUCAGCUUGAUUCGCCUGUCGCUCGGGCACAACAAGCUCUCGGGACCUCUUCCGGACAGCCUGGGCAACCUCCUCCACCUGGAGUACUUCUCGGCGGAGAACAACCAUUUGUCCGGGGGUAUCCCCAACUCUAUCAGUCGCAUGACGGCCCUGAAGACCUUCAACGUGUCCAACAACGAACUGAGCGGAGCUAUUCCCGCCAACAUCGGUUCCCUCGCCCGCCUUAAGAAGCUCGAGUUGGCGAGCAAUUGGUUGUCCGGGACUAUUCCGACCAGCAUGGGCACUCUGUCGGCACUCAACUGGCUGCGUGUCGAGAACAACCAGCUCACGGGCCCUAUCCCCGCCAGCUUCGGAGACCUGAAAGAGCUCUUGAUCCUCGAUUUGUCGUUCAACCGACUGUCCGGGCCGUUGCCGGCCGCGCUAGGGACUCUGCCUAAUCUCACCACGGUGUGUCUCCGGGGGAACUCGCUCGAGGGGCCGUUUCAGUUCCCCGUCAAGUUUCAAUUUUGGUUCUUGCGCUCGAGUGGCGCCACCGGUGGGAGUGGCAUGAGAAGCCUCAACCUGGGGUCGAACGAGGUGGAAGAGCCAUUUCCGGAUCUGCAGGGAAUGGGACAGCUGCAGUGCCUGGUGCUAGACCAGAAUCGGAUGUACGGCGGGCUGACGGAGAGUCUGGCGGAGACGUGCCCGAAUCUCUACAGGCUGAGCCUGCAGAAGAACAGGCUGUCAGGGGAGCUUCUCAAGACGUUCUCCGCAUCAAACAACAAUCUUUCAGGAGACCUCCCCUCCUUUUUGGGAACGCUGACGCUCCUGACAUGCCUGGCGUUGGAUGGAAACCAGUUCAGCGGGACACUGCCGCGUGAGUUUGGCAAGCUCACUCGCCUUGAGCGACUCUACUUGGAACGGAACGCAGUGGUGGGGUCCAUUCCAGCGGAACUAUCCAGGUGCCUCGCUCUGGAGGAGCUGUACUUACACGACAACAAGAUGUGGGGGAAAAUUCCAGAUUCUCUGCGCGCUUUAAGGGGGCUGCGAUACUUCUAUCUGUAUCGGAACAAAAUCACCGGGACGGUUCCCGAGUGGCUAGGGGAGCUGUCCAGCCUGCGCGGGUUGGUUCUUGGGGAAAACCGACUGAGGGGGCACAUACCGUGGCAGCUAGGACAUCUUCAUAAGCUGCAAGACUUGUACCUGAAUGACAACAACCUGGACGGAAGUAUCCCCGAGCGGAUGGUGAUGAACUGCGAGUGUCUGCAGAGGCUGUAUCUAGGGGGGAACCGCCUUUCUGGCACUGUGCCGCGUUACCUGAGGCAUGUACGCGAUCUGCGAGAGCUUAACAUCGAGAGGAACAAGUUGCACGGAGAGAUUCCUAUCCCCCUCUUCCUCAAGGCUAGCCUUGGCCCUAACGCGUGUGGCUUCAAGUGGGCGGGGAACCCUCGAAUAGUGGAUAGCCGGCACCACUUCGCCAGUGUCGCUGGUCUUCCACGAGCCAGAGGGAAUCAGGUAGACCGGGGUACGGCAACACCACCGUCAAAGGAUCGACAACAGCAGCAGCACUCCACCAACUCCUCGUUCAAGCCGAUACCUCUCACGCUGAGGGUUCCAGAUCUUCCGGGCGACGAAGAGAACUCCCGACUGAGGGGGUCCGGCUACCAAGUAGCGGCCAAACGGGGGUUCUCGCGACAGCAGCAGGGCUUGGAGGAGUUGGACCGUAAAGUAGGGAUUGGGGUGAUGGAGGGAGACUACUUGUGCGGGUACGGAGACGACGGGACCGGUGCCAGCCGGCUGUGGGCCAACAGCGAAGACUUCUGUUACUUCUUGUUCAAAGUCGUCGUAGGGAACGCUUUGGUCUUGAUAGACUUGGUCAUCGCGGCGAGGCUGUACCUCAUUGGGUGCAUGUGGGGCUUUCUUCUGGUGAUUCUCUGGAGAGUUUUGGCGGGUAUGGAGGGGGUGUUGGCCACUCAUCGCCUCGGGUAUGGGCGUUGUUGGCUGCCGAUGGCAGCGUUGGGGCUGGCGCUGACGUGGCAAGCCAGAAAAUGCUUUCACCACAGUUGUGAGAGUGACCUUUUCCAGGCAAGUUUCAAUUUGAAAUUAGAUGACCUACCGUUCUUGGUGUUGCAACAAGUGGAGUGGCGCUGGCACGCCAUGAUACAGCUGUCCACGCAGCUUGCGGCGGCCCUGUGGUGGUGGGACCGGGGGCAAGUGGGGUAUUGGUAUUUGUUGGCCUCCGUGGGGAUGAAGGCGCUGGUAGUGGGCGUCGUGAGCAUGCAGCGACUGGACGACAGGCGUCUGACACAAGACAAAGAGAGGCGAUCAGAAACACCAAUGGCGGGUUUAGUGCCUUCCGCCUUCAGAACCCGCUUCUUGCGGUGGUUGCGCGACUCCGCGUGGCCGAGACUAAUCCUGGUCGGGUUCCACGUCGCGGAAGUUUGUGAGCGCACCAUUCCGCUGGCAUCCCUGGUCGCCGCCCUCGGUGAUUGGAUGUUUCUCGCACCCUUGGUAAUGGCGCCUGGAAUGUGCGUGCGCUACGUCGCGCGGCGGGCGCUGGUGUCGAGGGCGGAGGGUGACGGGGUGGUGUCUACCGUGAAGUCGGCCUUGAAAACAUCGCUGGCCUUGGACAGCGCAUUCGGCGCCGGAACUCCGGUGCAUGUCGCCGCGGCAAUCAGCUCCACCUUAGAGACAAUCGUCUUCGAAACCGUCGGUAGCAACGCGCCGCGCGGAUACCCGGACAAGCUCCACCAAUUGUUGCUGUACUGGAUCUCGGUGUUGUUUGCCUUCACGUGGGUGAUUGUUGUGUUGGAGGUGACGAUACCGGCGGGCCGAGAGCGCACGCUGCUGCUGCGGCCCCGAACGCUCGUCCGGCGUCUAGCGCUCUUGGGAUCACGAUGGACAUCUUCGAGGUCUUUGUCGAGUAAACCAAUCAUGCGUACUAUUCACAUGCAACCAUCAUCCUCAUCGCUUGGGCUGCCGCACACCGCAUGCGGCAGUAGCGAUGGCGCCGGCGCAAUAGAGGACGACCGGCGAACGCCUGGGUCGAGAGGUGGCAGGGGGGUAGCUUCGGUGGUUCCGGUAGAGUGACGGAAAGGUAGAUCUCGUGGGUUCGAUCGAAGGUUUAGGGUCGUGUGUGCUUCAUGUCGACGCUAGGUCGGUCGUUAGCAAUUGGGCUGUUGUGCAGCCCUCCUCGUGCAUGUUUGUCGAUCAUGAGGUGAUUUUGAACGUGCUCCUUGUGUGCUACUAUCUUUGCGUGUCUUGG